CCAACUUGCAUCCAGUGUGUUGAGCCAUGUCGCGAUUUAACAUUGGUCUUGGAGUGUUACCGAUCCCAGCAGAGGUCACAGAACAUACCCUCACCCAUUGCCAUCCUCGCGAUGUAGCAUCUUUCUCCCAGACCUGUCGUAGAGCGCGCUCCCUUGUUUACAGCAGUCCAGAUCAGUACUUGUGGCGCCAGCUUUUCUUAUCGCUUCCCUUCGAUGACCCUCGUACGUCUUUACGGAAUGAUUCUGAUUCUGAUCCUGGACAGCCAUAUAACUGGAAGAUGGAGCUCCAAACCAGAAUACAAGCGGAGCUUACCGCCCUUGGUUCAAACUCGUCUCCUGAAGAGCUAAGGUCGGCGCUCGACACUUUCGUUUCUGUGGUUCGCAGCGCUUCACCCGUCACGCAAGGCAAUGAGCGAGUUCCAUCGCAGAGCUUGCUAUGGGUCGUUCGCGUCCUCCAGGAAUCCAACCUGCUCUCCCGAGCGCCUUCAUUCACCCAACGCCAAAGCCCUUAUCAGCCUCUUCACCGUCUCCGAUCUUAUCUGGCACUCACUCUUGAUGACAAUGACGACGAAGAAUCUGUUUCGCGCCUCAAGAAACUACGCACCCGGAGCAGGUGUACUGUUUACGAUCUCCGUAAUUACGGCCCAGAUAACAGCUGGGGUCCUCUGACGAGCACUGGAGAGGUCAGCUGGGUCCAUGCAGAGGCCAUCAUCAACGUCGUGUUGAUGAAUUUAUCCGAGUACAAUCAUCACUGGGUGGAUACAAGGCCCCCCUGUGGUUUGGAAGCUACACGAGCCUAUUCGGCACCAGGAGCAACUUCUCGCUCCCCGAGUGAUUGGGCUGGCGUCGAAGGAACUUGGAGAAGAUUUGUAUGUUUCAUGGAUUAUCGUGAUCUAUUCGCAUUUAACUUCUCCAGCAGAGCAAAUGGCCACCAGACUACGUUCUUUGACGAUACAAACUUCCAGGAAGCCAUUCGUCUCAUAGAAUUAACACUGCAACUCAUUCCCUCUGAUGAAGUUCCCAAGUACUUCACUUUGGAACCGCUACCAGACUGCCCAAAUCCUAAUUACCCAACUCUGUAUUUUACGGGUACAUCAUGGGGAGUACAUGGUAACGAAGCAACCGUUAUAGGUUCAGUCAGCAUGGGCCUUGACGACGUUGUUCGAUGGAGAUUUACCCGAAAGGCAUCCAUACACGAGGCGCAUAUGCAGUGGAGUUCGGAAGGCGUGCAAAUCGGUAGUGUGGCGAGCGCAGCCGGCGUCGUCGGGACGUGGACAGGUGCACAUCAUGAGCAUGGAGAUCCAGUUGGUCCUUUCUGGCUGUGGCGUGUCCAGGAUGAUCACCCAAGUUACUUGAGGGCAAUCCAACUCGACUUAUAGUAAAGACAGUGGUAAUUACCUGUCUGUGCCGCCUCACCACCUUUCUUUCAACGGUAGGAUUUUAUGAAGAAUCAAUGUAAAAAAUGCAGUGUGAUAUGGAAGUGCAGUCGUGAUAUUGGAACAAUUGUAUUGUACGAUUUCUUGCUUCAAAUUCUAAGGCCGUUUAUUACUUUCAAUCUUCAUUUUGCUGGGAUGGACUUUUAGUGACAGUGUAACAACAUAUUGUGCAAUUCCUAUGAGCUGCCCUGCGCUCACA